AUGGCAAGUAGGGGGCAACAAUAUGGAUGGGGCAUAGGAUCACUGACCGCAUUCCUUGUUGUCCUCAUCCUUAUGAUCUUUCUCCCUCUCGCCAUGGGCCCGGGCUCUCUCGGACCGCCGUCGUGGCCGGUGCUGCUGCUUAUUCCGGUGAUACUCAUUGGGCUUCUCUUCUCUCUUUGCCUUAGUUCUUGA